GAAAUAGAGUCAUGCAUUCAGUGGUUUUGAUUCGUGGCAGCUAGUGAACGAAAAAAUUUUUUCAUUUCUGCAGCAAUACGUCAUCUGUUGCACGUUCAUUUUAUUCAUACAACAAUCCGUUGCAAUUCUGUUUUUCAACUCGAUACUCUCACGAUUCAUUUAGGAAAAGUUGUACGAAACAACGGUUCGUGUGUGCGAGAAUUCGUAUGUUGCGUUCGAUUUUUCGAACGAAAAAUGUAAAUAUAAAAAUAGAAAUAGAUAACGAUCAUUUCGAAAUAUUAUGAAGCUUCUAUCGGUAGAAUACUCGUCGUACGAAUCUUGAGAAAAUAUUGACGGUUGUGUUUGUCCGCUGGAAUUCUUUGAAAAUUAAUCGAGUCAUCGAUAAAGCACGAUGAUACGACGAAGUCCAACUCGGAUAGAAAUGAGACUGGACGAUCUGCAAGUAUAUGAGGAGAUAAGAAAGGCGCACGAAUCCAAAAAGGAUCCUGAAAGAAAAGUAUCGUCCAUGAAUCCGCCCACAUGGGGUGGCAAGAUUCCUCAGAGCGAGAUCCAGGAACGCAUCGGUUAUUUACCACAACAUCCGUCCACGCACAAUCGAACCGCAACGUAGCAGUCGAUUCGGGAUACGAAUCAUAGCAUAGAUGAACAGCAGUUAAAUUAUGCAUUCCAACAUUAUUUUAAUUUGGAAAAAAUUCGGCACAUUUAUACAAAUAUAAUUUAUGUACAAUGUAUUUAAAAUGCUAUUUUUUUUAUUUAGUAAAUCCAGUCUCCGUGAUUAAUUACGCCGGUUAUGAUCAAGAAAUCAUAAUCCUAUAAAGUUUUUUUACAGUAUACGACUUAUCUAUAUUUACAAAAUGUGUGAUAGCUAUGUGUGAAAUAUACAAGGUUAAUGGACGA